AUGACCAGCCCAGGCAGGACGGCCCUGGUCCUGUACGGCUCCGAGACUGGUAAUGCCCAGGAUAUGGCCGGAGAGCUCGACAAGCUGUGCCAGAGAUUGCAUUUUACCAGCCGCGUCGAGGAACUGGACAAUGUGAACUUGAAUGAACUCCUCCAACAGGAGUUCGUCUUGUUCGUUAUCUCGACAACCGGACAGGGGGACAUGCCGCACAACUCUCUCCUUUUCUGGAAGAAAUUGCUCCGUAAGAAACUGCCGCCUGGCUGCUUGAGCCAAAUGAAAUACUCAUGCGUCGGUCUCGGCGACAGCACAUAUCUCAAAUUCAACUGGGCAGCCAGGAAGCUCAUCCGGCGUCUAGAUCAACUAGGCGCAUCUGCAUUCUUUGAACCGUGCGAAGCCGAUGAGCAGUUUCCAGAAGGUAUCGACGGAAGCUUUCUGCGCUGGGCAGAUGACCUCUGGAAACAUCUAUUAAAGCACUAUCCUGAUCCACAGGGACGAGAUGCCGUGCCCGAGGACGAGAUGCUCCCUCCCAAGUGGUCAUUGGCACCCGCCAUCAACCAAUACGCCAGGGUCACCAGAAAGCCUCAUAUCAAUGGUGGCACCACGAAGCUGCCCUCGACGCCGCCACUAAACCAACUGCCUUUCCCCAACGGUCUACAGGCCACUCUUGUCGAAAAAAAACGGCUCACGCCCGACACGCACUGGCAAGAUGUCUGCCUCGUAUCCCUUGACAUGCCCAGCUCCCUGCAAGUGAACCCAGGCGACUGUCUGACUAUUUACCCCAAGAACUUCCCCAAAGACGUCCAAAAGGUCAUCAAUUUGAUGGAAUGGGGCGCCAUCGCCGACGAGCCUCUCGAUUUAUCCCUCUGCACUCUCCCACCAACAUUAUACACUCCGUCUUCAUGCACCCUCCGCGACAUUCUCCUGCACAACAUCGACAUCAACGCUGUGCCCAGGCGCUCGUUCCUCAAAAACCUGUCCUACUUCUCAGACAACGAGGACCACAGAGCGCGUCUGCUCGAAUUCACAAUGACCGAAUUUCUAGACGAUUACUUUGACUACGCCACCCGCCCCCGAAGGACAAUCAUCGAAGUUCUCGAAGAGUUCUACUCGGUCCGCGUUCCCGCGUCGCACCUCCUCGACGUGUUCCCGCUCAUCCGCGGUCGCGACUUUAGCAUUGCCAACGGCGGCAAGCAUCUCACCCCGGCAUCCCCCUCUCCAGUCACGAGAAUAGAGCUCCUCGUCGCGCUCGUCAAGUACCGCACCAUCCUGCGCAAGCCCCGAGAGGGCCUCUGCUCCCGCUACAUAACCCACGUCCCGCUCAGCACCCACCUAACCGUCACCCUCAAACCCGUCUUGUCCCCCAUCCACGGCGCCCUCAACGCCCAGCGGCCGCUCAUUGCCAUGGCAACGGGCACGGGCGUCGCCCCCGUCCGCUCACUCAUCCACGAACGAAUAACGCACCAGUCCUCCGCCUCGACGAUAUUGUUCUUCGGCAGCCGUAACAAAGAUGCGGAUUACUUCUUUGCUGACGAAUGGAGCGCCCUCCCUCGAGACAAACUCACCGUGUUCACGGCGUUUUCAAGAGACCAGCGGGAAAAGGUAUACGUGCAGGAUUUGGUACGCAAGGAAGCCAAAUUGUUGGAAAAGUUGAUUUUGCAGAGGGCCAUCUUUGUCGUUUGCGGAGGCUCGACCAAGAUGGCGGAUGCGUGUAAACAUGCUGUUUUCGACCCGUUUGUCGAGGGCGGCGAUGACAAGGAGAGGAGGCGUAUUUUGAACGACGGCAUUACUUGGUGGCAGGAAAUUUGGUGA